CACACAAACAAACAUCCGCAAAUGACCGUUAUAUACCGUACAAAACCGUUAUCCAACCGCCAUUCUUUAUAAGCAUAUAAAUCCCAGUGACUCUUCUCUCACUAUUCAAGCCCUCGUCCCUGAUCUCCAGACCCUAAACCCAAUUCAAGAGAGAGUAGAGAAAGAGAUGGUGGGAAUCCGACCUCCAUGCCCGUGCUGCGGCCAAUGGAAGCGCCCCCCGGCGGCGCUCAAUCGCUGGGACUCUUGCCCUAUCCCUAGCGCCGCAUUGCCACCGCCCACAAAGAUCCUGAGAUCCAGCUCCGAUCCCUUACCCCUUCACCUGCAUCGUCCCCAGAUCCUCUGACGAUCGCCUGGAGAUUCGCCCUUCCCCGAUCCCCCUCCUCCCUCCGAUCCCUUCUCCGGCUCCACCGCGACCACCACUGCCACCGAGCCCGAGUUCUUGUUCCGAUCUUACCAUGGAUCCGAUUUCCCCCUUCGGCACUUUGACGGACGUCUGCCUCUCGAACUCCCCUCACCGUCCGAUCAUCGAUCCGGCCAAGAUCAACGUUUCAGAUCCGAUGAGGUCCGCUUCGAAGACGACAGAGGCUCCCGUUCCGGUUUCGGAUCCGGAUCCAGAUCCGCUUCCGCAUCUAGUCUUGGCUUCACUGACGGAGAAGAAGGUGGAAAAUGGAACUGAGGGAAAGAAAAGUGAGUUGAAGAAAGGGGAAGUGAGGGUUUGCUUCAGAUGCAAGUGUAGUUCCAUGAUGGAACUGGUUUUCCAUUCGGAUGUCCCUCAUGGGAAGUCUCGGAAGUGUCAGUAAAGAUUAGAAAGUUGAGAGUUUUUCUUUUUCUUUUCUUUGUUUAUAUAUAUCCAGUGGAUGGAUGGAUGUCUCUUUGUAAAGUAAGCCAAGAACUGCAAGUUUAGUUUUCUGUUUGAUUUCUAAUGUGAGCUUUAUAUUAG